AUCAGAAUGGUGGUAUAGCAGUCCCAUGGGGUAGCAGCGAAACAUAGUGUACCCACCGUAUUCACUGUUGAUCCGCGCCAUUCCUUCAACAACCCAUCUCCUGCCACUGUUUGUGUUCAUGCUUGCAUACCUCCGAGAUUCUUUAUUAUUCUCACAACAUUAUGGGAAUAAUGGGAGGCUUGUGGAAGCAGCCUGCGUCAGUAGAAGGCAGCGGCGAUGCACCCACAUCCUUGCCUCAAAAUGAGAAGAACUCAAAUCCAACCAAGAAGUGGAACCUUGGAAUCUUGAGUGAUCCUCUCACUGAUGAGGUGCCUGGAUCUGUCAUUCUCCUCUCGAAGGCGCACAACCGCAACGAACCGCUCGGUCUACAGCAUGCGCACGCAAGAACGUCGACUUCUUCCCUUCCAUCAGCGUACGGCCCCUCUCGGAGCGCUUCCCGUGGCUCCCGCCACUCGUCACGAUCACGGCAACCAGAGAAGAAGCGUACAAAGGACGGGAAAUUUAUACUGGAGCCUCAGCCAGAGGAAUCGGCAAACGACCCGCUCAACUGGAAGCAACUGCGACGAGAUGCUGCACUGAUAUCACUCGGUUUCUACUGCAUGCUCGGUGGAGGCAUGACACCUGUGUUGGCGGCAGGUUUCAACGACGUUGCAGAAACAUACGGUGUAGGUCUCUCGCAGGUGGCUUUGACAACCGGUCUCUACAUGCUGGGCCUGGGUCUUGGGAGCGUUCUUGCGUCACCCACUGCCAUCUUGUACGGGAAGAGACCCGUGUACUUGGUUGCCAUUGUUUUGUUCACACUCUCGGCAGUAUGGUGUGCCCUCUCACCAAACUACGCGUCGUUGGUCAUUGCACGGAUCGUUCAAGGGUUCGCUGUCUCCCCAGUUGAAUGCCUCCCAAGUGCCACAAUCGCUGAGAUCUUCUUCCUCCACGAACGAGCCUACCGUCUAGGCAUGUACACGUUAUUGUUGCUGGGUGGGAAGAAUUUGAUCCCCCUAGUCAGCGCGGCGAUUGUACAAAGUUUAGGAUGGCGAUGGGUGUUCUGGAUCGUUGCAAUCGUGGUUGGAUUUUCUUUCUUCCUCAUUUUUUUCUUCGUACCCGAAACCUUCUGGGAUCGCACACCUAGGGCGAGAGGCCGUAGCCAUGCGCGCAGCCGCAGUCACAGCCCAAAGAGACAGAAACAUUUUCAUCUACCAACAAGACACAACAAGAAGUCUACAGAUGAGCUGGCAGGGCCAGUAAAUGCCCCCACAAUGGCUACUCCGCCAGCUGGGACGCCCCUCGAACACCCGAAGAAGGUCCACAAAGCUGCACAUGUUGGUUUUGCAGAUGACUUGGGGCGCGAUACACCUGCUCUGCAUACAGAUGUACCACAGACACCGCGCUCCCCUAUUAGCAUUCACUCUUCGUGUCCAGAAACUCCACGACAUGACUACUUCCCGCAUGUGCCAGAAAGCACGAUCUCGGAUCCUGAGAAGCAGGACCAGACUUCUGGCACCCAGAGUCUGUCGUCUGCAAAACCUGGAAGGCCGCUGGACGCCGAUCAGAUAUCAGAGCAGUUUUCCAUACACUACACCGACUAUUACCGCACGGCCCCUGCAAAGACAUAUCGUCAGUCUCUGAGGCCCUGGAACGGACGUCUUGCCAAAGACAAAUGGGUCAAAGUCAUGGUCAGACCGUUCAUCCUCUUUGCAUAUCCAGCCGUUCUUUGGUCCUCCCUAGUAUACGCCCUUGCUGUUGGUUGGCUCAUUGUUUUAUCGGAAUCUGUUGCGCAUGUCUACCAGAAUCGCGAGUCGUACAACUUCACCGCGCUUCAAGUCGGCCUUGUAUACAUCUCGCCUUUCGUAGGUGGUGUGCUGGGAACAGCCGUCGCAGGGAAGGUAUCCGAUCUGAUCGUGAGGUUCAUGGCACGUCGAAACGAUGGCGUAUACGAACCUGAGUUUCGUCUGGUCAUGGCUAUACCGAUCACCAUCAGCACAGUUAUUGGCCUCAUGGGUUUUGGAUGGAGCGCCGAAGAGAAGGAUCUCUGGAUCGUUCCUACAAUCUUCUUUGGAGUUAUCAGCUUUGGAUGCUGCCUUGCUUCCACUACCGCAAUCACUUUCGUCGUUGAUUCUUACCGCGUAUAUGCGGGCGAAGCACUGGUGACGCUGAACUUCUGCAAGAGUAAGUCAUCUCUCAUUUGCUGGCAUUUGGACACUAUCACAAUCUCGACGAUAACGCUAACAACAUGCAGACGUUCUCCACGGGUUCAUCUUCUCGUUGUUCUUCCCACACUGGCUUGAGGCCAAGGGUCCUAAGAGUACUUUCCUGGCAGUUGGUAAAUGCUCAAACGGCGAUAGAUUGGAUGUCAAUUGACUGAUCGUUGAACAGGUGGCAUCCAGUUGGGC